AUGCCCGGCAAAACUUCUGCCCCCCGAAUCACCAAAUUCACCAACUGUCGCAUCAUCCGCGGCAAUGACCUUCUCGAACAGGAUCUCUGGAUCGACUCGGUCUCGGGCAAAAUCCUCCGCGACCAGGAGGCCUUCUACGACCUCCAUCUCUCCCCGGACGAGGUCAUUGAUCUCGGCGGCCGCAUUCUCGCCCCGGGUCUGAUAGAUGUCCAGCUCAACGGCGCCCAGGGUUUUGAUUUCUCCGUGCCCCAGGCCUCCAAGGAGGAAUAUGACCAGGGCCUGCGCAUGGUCAACAAGGGUCUCGCCCGCACCGGCGUGACAUCCUAUCUGCCGACUGUCGUCCUCCCAUCUCUCGGCCCCUCAGGCCCCACCCACCGCGGCGAAGACGGCGCCGAGUCGCUCGGCGCCCACAUCGAAGGCCCCUUCAUCAGCCCCGGCCGCAACGGCGUGCACAAGACGGAGGUCCUGCGCGCCGCCGACACCCUCGCCGACAUCGAGCACUGCUACGGGCGCGACAACCUGCGCGGCGCCUCCCAAACCGUCAAGAUGAUCACUGCCGCACCCGAGGUCGGCAACAUGGCCGCACACGUCGGCGCGCUCGCCGCCCACGGCAUCGUCUACUCGAUCGGCCACUCCGACGCCUCCUACGAGCAGGCCCUCACCGCCACCAAGCACGGCGCCUCCAUGAUCACCCACCUCUUCAACGCCAUGCGCCCCUUCUACCACCGCAACCCGGGCAUCUUCGGCCUGCUCGGCCAGAACGAGCGCCCCCGCCCCUUCUACGGCGUCAUCGCCGACGGCAUCCACCUCCACCCGACCUCCAUCCGCAUCGCGUACAACGCCCACCCGGACGGCUUGAUUCUCGUCACCGACGCGAUGAAGCUGUGCGGUCUGCCGGAUGGGGUGUAUGAGUGGACGAAUGGGGAGCGUAUCAUUAAGACCGGGGCGCGGCUGACGCUUGAGGGCUCGGAUAAGAUUGCCGGGUCGUCGGCGACGCUGAUCGAGUGCGUGAAUAAUUUCCGGCGGUGGUCGGGCGCGUCGACGGCGCAGGCGAUUAAUGCGGUUACGGCUGUGCCGGCGAAGAUGCUCGGGCUGCAGGGGGUCAAGGGGACGCUGGAUAGCGGGGCCGAUGCGGAUCUGGUUGUGCUGAGCGAUGUUAUGGAUGACUAUUCCGGUCCGACGUUGACUGUUGAUCAGGUGUGGAAGCGCGGGGUGAAGAUCUUUGAUGCGGAGAAGGGGAGUACGGUGGCGUGA